AGCUCCGCGGAUGGUUUCCGUUACCAGCCGCCCCCGGCCCCCUAUUGAUAUAUUACCGGUUACUGUGACAUGUCCACCCAGCCAGACGGCACCUGAUGAGGGACUUUAAAAGGCUCCAGGAGGAUCCCCCUGCAGGGGUGAGCGGUGCCCCCUCUGAGAAUAACAUCAUGGUCUGGAACGCAGUCAUUUUUGGGCCUGAGGGAACACCCUUUGAAGAUGGAACUUUUAAACUUACAAUAGAAUUCACAGAAGAAUAUCCAAAUAAACCACCAACAGUUAGAUUUUUGUCCAAAAUGUUUCAUCCCAAUGUUUACGCUGAUGGCAGCAUAUGUCUGGAUAUUCUUCAAAAUCGUUGGAGUCCAACUUAUGAUGUUUCUUCAAUAUUAACCUCUAUACAGUCAUUGCUGGAUGAACCAAACCCAAAUAGUCCUGCAAACAGCCAGGCAGCUCAGCUGUACCAAGAAAAGAAACGUGAAUACGAAAAGAGGGUCUCCGCAAUAGUAGAACAGAGUUGGCGUGACUGUUGACCCUUGCCCUUGUUUAUGAACACUCUGAACGAGAGGAAAAUAUAUAUAUGAAGUGUCUGAGUGAUCUUCCUCUUGCUAGAAUCUUUGCAUUUAUAUUGACCGCAAAAUUGGCUGUUGUGCUGUCACCACC